GAAAGAGAAAGAGGCGAUAGGGUUUUAGGAGUUAGGACAAAGUAAGCGAGGGAAAGCUCGGGCAAAAGGUAAGGGGUGUCCUCUGUACUAAAAAAAACAAAAAAAUUAAUGGCGCUUCAGCUCCUUCCCAAACCUCCUCCUUAUCUUUAUCUUCGCUUCAUGGCGUCUCGCUUCGUCUCCUACUCUUCACUCCACUCUCACUUCCAUUCUUCUUCUUUGCUCUCUCGUCCUUUGUUCUUUGUUAAACCACCCAGGGCGGGUUUUCGAUUGAGGAAGAGUUCAUGCUGUUUUCCGCUUCUAAAUGCGGUUACUCCGAGGGCAUUCAUGUCGUCAGGGGCAGCAACUGAAGCUCCAAAAUCAAGUGCCAGCUCGAAAUCAUAUGGGUCUGAUCAAAUUCAGGUGCUGGAAGGAUUGGAUCCUGUUAGGAAAAGGCCAGGAAUGUACAUUGGAAGUACGGGACCUCGUGGUUUGCAUCAUUUGGUUUAUGAAAUAUUGGAUAAUGCUGUUGAUGAGGCUCAGGCAGGAUUUGCUACAAAUAUUGAGGUUGUGUUACACGAAGACAAUUCUGUGAGCAUCACUGAUAACGGUCGUGGGAUCCCUAUUGAGAUGCAUCCAGUGACCAAGAAAUCCUCAUUGGAGACUGUAUUAACGGUUCUGCAUGCUGGUGGCAAGUUUGGUGGUUCUAGUAGUGGAUAUAGUGUGUCUGGUGGACUACAUGGUGUGGGUUUGUCAGUUGUUAAUGCCUUAUCCGAGGCAUUGGACGUUACAAUUUGGCGUGAUGGAAUGGAAUACCGUCAAAGAUACUCGCGCGGGAAACCUGUGACCACUCUUAUAUCUCAAGUGCUUCCAGUUGAAUUGAAAGAUCAGCAAGGAACACGCAUUAAAUUUUGGCCUGAUAAAGAAGUAUUUACGACUGCAAUUGAGUUUGACUACAACACAAUUGCUGGAAGAAUAAGAGAACUAGCUUUUUUAAACCCUAUGCUUACCAUCAAUCUCAGAAAAGAAAAUUGUGAUCCAGAUAGAGUUCAGUCUAAUGAAUACUUCUAUGCUGGGGGAUUGGUUGAAUAUGUGAAAUGGCUUAAUACUGAUAAGAAACCACUUCAUGACAUUGUGGGUUUCAGAAAAGAAGUUGAUGGAAUCUCAAUAGAUGCUGCUCUUCAAUGGUGUUCAGACGCUUAUUCAGAUACGAUGCUGGGAUAUGCUAAUAGUAUACGCACGGUUGAUGGUGGCACACAUAUAGAUGGCAUGAAGGCUUCAUUAACAAGAACUCUCAACAGCCUAGGCAAGAAAUCAAAGAUCAUUAAGGAAAAAGAUAUUACUUUGAGUGGUGAGCAUGUAAGAGAAGGAUUAACAUGCAUUAUCUCAGUCAAGGUUCCAAACCCAGAAUUUGAAGGCCAAACCAAGACAAGGUUGGGAAAUCCAGAAGUGAGGAGGGUGGUUGAUCAAUCUGUUCAGGAGUAUCUUACUGAAUUCUUGGAGUUGCAUCCCGAUGUGCUUGAUUCAAUUCUUUCCAAGUCUCUAAAUGCUCUCAAGGCUGCUUUGGCAGCAAAGAGAGCAAGAGAACUAGUGAGACAAAAAAGUGUGUUACGAUCAUCAUCUCUUCCAGGAAAAUUAGCUGAUUGUUCAUCAACAAAUCCUGAAGAAGCUGAAAUUUUUAUAGUUGAAGGAGACUCAGCUGGUGGAAGUGCAAAACAAGGUCGUGAUAGGCGCUUUCAGGCUAUUCUUCCUCUCAGGGGUAAAAUAUUGAAUAUUGAAAGAAAAGAUGAAGCGGCAAUGUACAAAAAUGAAGAGAUUCAAAAUCUAAUUCUUGGUCUUGGACUUGGAGUGAAGGGAGAGGAUUUUAAAAAGGAGGCUUUACGGUAUCAUAAGAUUAUCAUCUUAACAGAUGCUGAUGUUGAUGGUGCUCACAUUCGGACUCUGCUAUUGACAUUUUUCUUCAGAUAUCAGAAAGCCUUGUUUGACGAACGUUGUAUAUAUGUUGGUGUACCGCCCCUAUUCAAGGUUGAAAGGGGCAAACAAGUGUACUAUUGCUAUGAUGAUGCUGAGCUUAAAAAGCUUCAGCGCUCCUUCCCAUCAAAUGCAUCAUACAAUAUUCAGAGGUUCAAAGGACUGGGUGAAAUGAUGCCUCUUCAACUAUGGGAGACAACUAUGGAUCCAGAGCGUAGGAUGCUUAAGCAGUUGAUGAUUGAGGAUGCUGCAGAAGCAAAUAUGGUUUUCUCUUCCCUCAUGGGUGCUAGGGUUGAUUACCGGAAGGAACUUAUACAGAAUUCUGCAAACAUGAUCGGCGCUCAUCAGUUAGAUAUUUAAGGAGGCUAAUAAAAGUUGAUGGUCAACUUCCAAUGUUGUACAUUUAAUUGUUACAAUAAAUUGGACAGAUAAACUUGUCUGCGGUGGGUGUCAAGAAGAGGGUACCUUUUAAAUUAUUAUGGAUGGUGACAUUAAGAAAGAAUCAAUACAAGACCUCUAAUGUACUGGAGAACUUUUGGUGUUGGUGAUGCUUUCCAUGAAGUUGGGUUGGAUCUCGGAGGUUUUGAGUAUACAAGUGACCUUGUUCAUAUGUACGUACGUAUAAAUUAAUCUUUUUAGUCUUGGAAGGUCUUACGGUUUUGUUACAGAAUCAUAUUAUUUGGCAUUAAUUUAGAUUAGAAAAAAUGAAAAAUGAAAAAAGAAAAAGAAAAGUUCAUUUCAA